UACCAGAACGUCAACAACACAGAGACCAUCAGGCAAGCAGCAUGGGGAAGAGGAAGCGUGCUGCAGGUGUUACUGAGGAAGAAAAGGUUGAACCUCCUCCUCUUCCUCCUCUUGUGAGAGAUUCAAAUGAACCUCCUAAGAAAAAGCGGGGUAAAUGGACCAACAAACAGCGUGUGUUGGUGUUUGGUUCUCGUGGUUUGAUGGCUCAGGACCGUCACCUGAUGGAAGACCUUAGGUCUCUAAUGCCACACAGCAAAUCUGAAGCAAAGAAGGAGCGUAAAGAUGACCUCCGAGCUAUUAAUGAGAUAGCAGAGAUGAGAAACUGCAACAAGUGCAUCUAUUUUGAAAAUAAAAAGAAAAAAGAUUUGUACAUGUGGAUCUCCAAUGUUCCAAGAGGGCCAUCUGUUAAGUUUCUUAUGCUUAAUGUCCACACCAUGAAGGAGCUCAAGAUGGUUGGCAACUGUUUAAAAGGCUCAAGACCUUUCCUGAGCUUUGAUCCUAAUUUUGAUGAACCCCAUUGGUCUGUUAUGAAAGAGCUCUUUGUGCAAGCCUUCGGUACCCCAAACAACCAUCCAAAGAGCCAACCCUUCCAUGACCAUGUGUUCAUGUUCUCCGUCCUGGAUAACAAGAUAUGGUUCCGCAACUAUGAAAUAUUGGGAAUGGAUGGCAAAUUAUCUGAAAUUGGCCCCAGAUUUGUUUUGGAUCCCAUUAAGGUGUUUGAUAGCAGCUUUGGUGGAGUCACCUUGUGGGAGAACUCGCACUUCAUAAACCCUAAUUUGAUCCGACGAGAACAGAAAAAGAAAGCAGCCUUCAAAUAUAUGAACAAGGCACAACAGAAAGAAGGGUACAAGAAGAGAACCCCAAGUGAGCCUUGCAAAGGUGAUCCCACCAAUGAAGUUUUUGAAACAAAACCUCCAGAAGAAGCUGGUAGUGAAGAAAAGAAACUCUUUAUUCGCAAAAAGUAUUAAGUUUGUUUAUUUGUGGGAUUGUGUCUUCCCUCAUCUUAAUUUUGCAGGAAAAGAUGGCAUACAAACCCUGAUGAUACUGACCCAUUUUCUUCUACAGAAUAAAGGAAUUACUACUUGUG